AUGACUGCUCCUCCCCCCAGAGGCGUUUACACCCCACUCCCAACAUUUUUCAAAAAUGACAAGAAUUAUUCCUUGGACCUCGACACCCAAAUGCGGCACUUGGACUAUAUUCACAACUCAGGAGUAUCUGGAGUUUUAGUUGGAGGCUCCAACGGUGAGGCUGUCCACUUGGAAAGAGAAGAACGAUACACCAUUGUAGAAGCAGUGAGAAAAAGAGUUCCUGACAAGAAUUUCAAGGUGUUGGCAGGUAUUGUCGGCGUGUCCAUUAAAGAGAUUGUGAGAGACAUUAAUGAGGUACGCAAAUUGGGUGCUGACUAUGCUGUUUUGUUGGUUCCUGGGUACUUUGGCACUACGUUGACAAAGCAACAGGGAAUAAUCGACUGGUUUGUUUCUAUAGCUGAUCAGAGCACCCUUCCUCUCAUUAUCUACAAUUAUCCGGGAGUGCAAAACGGAAUCGAUCUUACCUUCGACUCAUACUUGACUUUAGCCAAACAUCCUAAUAUUGUUGCCUGCAAGUUGACUCAUUACAACUUCCCACUUUAUACAUUGUUGGGUCAAAGUCUGGAGAUAAAAGCUAGUAAUUUCAGGGUUUUGGCGGGUGUAGGUCAAGUGUUUGUUCCUGCUCUCUCAGUUGGAAUUGAGGGUUGUAUUGAUGGUUUGUCCAACAUUUUCCCCAAGGCCAUGGUCAAGAUCUAUACUGACUUUGAGGCUGGGAAGCUUGCUGAGUCCCUGAAGUUGCAAGGCUUGGUGACUUCGGUUAAUGAAAUGACUGCUGUGUUGAACAUUUUGGGGUUGAAGUACGGGCUCAAGCAUAAAUUGGGAUUUGGAGAUCUUGUGUACGGGAGACCUCCAUUAGCCCAGGAGAUCGACGUGGCCGUCUGGAACAAGUAUCUUCCAGUGUUCAAUCAGUUGCUCGAGAUAGAAAAGAGUUUAUAG